AUGGUUCCUGGUUUCCCGGUGUUUCUUGUUGCCUACGUACUCGCAGCCUCGCUGACACGCUGCAGCAUAAUGGCCGCCCUGGUGCGCCAGUACAGUUGCGACAACUACUUUCAAUCCUGGUGCCAGCUGCACAACGUCACGAUCCAGAUGGAUGGGGACGUGCAGGCGAGUGUGUUCCCGCGGGUGCGCCAGCUUGGCUUCAUCUACGGCACGAUCGGUAACUUCUCGCACACGCUCAACAAUCAGCUGUUCAAGGCUGGCGUGCUGCGAAUGUUUGCCCGCGGUACCCGCAUCCGGCACCUCACGAUGCCCAGCACCGUGGACCAGCUGUACCUGCGCGACAAUGAUCUCCGCACGGUAGAGAUUGAUCCGAGGGCACGUUACAUCCUGCGCUAUCUGCGCCUCCAGAUGAACAAACUACGUACGAUCGCACAUUUCGAUCAUCUGACGCAGUUGCUCGAGCUGAACCUGUGCGAUAAUCUGAUCGAGGACGUCCCACUGGAUACCUUCGCUACGAUGCCCAACCUUCGGCAGCUGAUACUGUGCGGGAACCACAUCAAGACGCUCGGUUCAUCGGCGCAAGCGAUCGUAUGGCUACCGGCCCUCACGCAUCUCGAUCUCGGGGGGAACUUUAUUGCGCGCCUUCCACUCGAACGCUGGCGCCUUCCGCAGCUGAUCAACCUUAGCGUGCGGGACAACCUGCUUACGACGCUCGACAGCGGAACGCUGGUGCACCGGUUUCCUCGGUUGCGUAUCUUCGACGCAUCGGCGAACGCACUCGACUGCCGCUCAUACCAGAGCGCGCUGCAGACGUUCGUCAAUCGGUCCGUGGUGCAUCUGAUCGACCGGCGGAUGUGCACUGUGGACGACUCGAUCGUGCUAUCGAUGGACGACGACGUACAGCAACGUGACCGGGGUCGAAUGCACUAUCCUGCAGUCCACCCCGACAACGAGGUCGAGCAGUUCGUACCGACGGCCAGGGAGCGGCAAGAGAUACGCCACCUCAAGGAGCGCAUCUUCCUCCAGCAGCGCACCAUUCAGCAGCAGCGGAUGGACAUUGAACAGCUGCGCGCCAACCUGACGACGCUGAUGGAGCAGUUUGAUCUGGUGGCUGGUCCGGCCCGUGCACUGGAUCCGUUUUAA